UACCCGCAGACAGGAAGCUGGCAAACCUCAGUAGUGUUUCUGUGCUCUCGGGAGUGGCUAUGGCGGUGCGGCGGCCAGUGCGGGUGCUGGUGGACAUGGAUGGCGUGCUGGCUGAUUUCGAGUCAGGCCUCCUGCAGGGUUUCCUCCGCCGCUUCCCCGGGGACCCGUACGUGCCGCUGGAACAGCGCCGGGGCUUCCUAGCCAACGAGCAGUACGGAGCCCUGCGGCCGGACCUGGCGGAGAAAGCGGCCAGCGUGUAUGAAGCGCCAGGCUUUUUCCUAAACUUGGAGCCCAUUCCUGGGGCCUUGGAUGCUUUGCGAGAGAUGAACGACAUGCAGGACACCGAGGUCUUCAUCUGCACCACCCCACUGCUGAAGUACGACCACUGCGUGGAAGAGAAGUACCGCUGGGUGGAACAGAACCUGGGACCUCAGUUUGUGGAGCGGAUUAUCCUGACUAGGGACAAGACAUUGGUCAUGGGGGACCUGCUCAUUGAUGACAAAGACACCAUUCAAGGCCUGGAGAAGACCCCAAGCUGGGAGCACAUCUUGUUCACCUGCUGCCACAAUCAGCACCUGGCCCUGCCCCCCACCCGGAGGCGGCUACUUUCCUGGAGUGACGACUGGAGGGGGAUCAUAGAGAGCAAGCGAGCCAGCCUGUGAGGGGCCCUGAGGUGGGCCAACAGGAAUCUGCAGGGACAGGACUUUCUCCAAGCAGGGAGCCACUGUAACCUCCACUUGGACAAACUCUGCCUUCUGCCCCUCUCA